UAAAAAAUAUAUAUGCAUUUUCUUUUUAUCAUUUUGAACGAGUAAGGAAAGCGUUAUUUCUGAAAAUGCAAAAAGGAAAACGUAUAAUAAUAUAGCAAUUUUCGUGGGUAUUUAUAUCAUACCUCCAAAGUCUACACCAACGUUAAAUCCGCUUCUCUCUCUCUCUCACAGUUUACAUAUAAAUAUAUUUCCCGGCGAUUAUCGAACUACACCCAUAAGCCCCUCCAAAAAGAAAAGAGAAAAUCAUUUUGUCUCUGUUUCAUUCUUUUGAGAAGGAUUUCCACAAAUUCCUCAAAAUUUAUGCUUUCAGAACAAAUCGAAAGAAACAGAACCAUCAGAAAGCAAUAAAAAGCUUUAACACAGCUUCUUCUUCUUCUUCUUCUUCUUCACAUGGUUAAUUAACAUAUAUGACACAGACUCUCUAAACAGAGAAACAAGAGGCAAAUGACAACGCCCCAAGAUCGACCGAAGCCGCCACUACACAACUUCUCAUUACCUUAUUUGAAAUGGGGAAACCAAAGACUCCUUAGAUGUGUCAAACUCACUGAUAAUGGUCAAUCCCUUGAUACCCCCAAGAUCACUAAUCAUGUCCCCAUUCAAGAUAAUCAAAAUCCCACUUCUCCUUCUAUUCUUGGAUUCAAUAAUAAUGCAAGUGCUGUUGUUGGUGCUGCAAAGGUCUCUCCUUUUCUUGAUGAUAAUAAUAGAGGUGCCACUACUGGCAAUGGCAAUGACGAUUCUUCUAGGCCUUGGAAUUUGAGGACAAGAAGGGCAGCCUGUAAAGCUCCACUGAGGAUAAUUGAAGAGAAGAGAAAUAAUUUUGAUUCUUUACGGAGGAAUUUGGAGAUUGAUUCUCCUAAGAGAAACGAUAAUACAACUAGUAUGGUUAAGAAAGUCAAGUUUUCUGUUCCUUUGUUAAAAGAGGAAAUUGAACAGGAUUUCUUUCAGAUUGCUAGGAUUAGGCCACCCAGAAGGCCUAAGAAGAGGCCUCGAAUUUUGCAGAAGUAUUUGGAUUCAAUUUUCCCAGGAUUGUGGUUAUCAGAAGUUACACCAGAUUCAUACAAGGUUCCUGAUGUACCUGAGUCAUGAGAGGGACAGAAAUAAAAGUGUAGCUGUUCUCUAAGGAAUUUCAUAUAUUCUACUAACAAAGGUGCAUUUGACCCCCAAUUAUAGUAAUAAUGUACCAUCCUUGUAAAUUGCAAAGUUAAUGAAAUAAAGUUUGAAAUCCUUGUUGCUUU